AUGCUGGCUACGACACGUGUUUGGACGAGUGAAAAGCUCCUCCAAAGCCGACCCUACGCCUCGAACGCAUUGCGAUCGACCGUGUCAUUACAAACGAGAUGCGAUCGUUCCAGGAGCUUUUCUACUAUCUUGGGGUCCUCCACCCCUGCCGAGCCCCGAAAGACACGGGAUUCUAUUAGAACUCAGCGCCCUGCGGCGUUAACUCGCAAUGUUUCCUGGGAGUAUCGAUCUAAAGCUGCUUUCAGGAGGGCCAUGAAAGGUUUCAACCAGCCCACCGAUUCUAGCAAGUUCGCUAGCGUGGAGCAGAUUAAAACGUGGAUGGGCGACCUUACCGGCGUUCGACCUGGAACAAAUAUUGAGGACGUAGAAAGAAGUGCUAUCGAUCACUUGUUUCGUGGCGACGACAAGGCCAACAUCCGUAAAGCUACAUUAACUACUGGCCACCACUUCACCAGCUCACGUGGUAAAGCGACGAAGCGUCGCCCUGGCGAGGACGCCAGUUUCAUCGACCCUAUCACGAAUCGCAGAGUAUCCCGGUCCUCAAAAGCGGCUGCCGCGCCACAAUAUGAUGAUCUGGAAGCCUAUAAGCCGAUCGACUUUGUUGCGGCAACCGCAGAACCCGAUUCUACUCCCAAAUAUGAUGAUUUGGACAAGUAUAACCCUGUCAAAGAUCCAAAAGAGUCUGAGAAGCUUUCUGAGCCCAAGUACGAUGAUCUAGACAAGUAUGAACCGGUGAUUGAUGAACCACCUGCCAAGGACAAGUCUGAUGAGUAUGACGACCUCGAUCAAUACGGGCCAGUCAAGCACAACGAGCCCGACGGCCAGCCGCCACCAACCAAGGAAGAGAACUCCAAGGAAUACGAUGAUCUUCACAAAUAUUCUUCGUCUAAAAUCGACAAUCCUUCGGCUCAGCGUCAGUUGACGGCUGAAGAGCGUUCCAAGCUUUAUGAAGAUUUGGACCAGUACAAGCCAACCUACUGGAAUGAGCCUGAUGGUUUAAGGGUUAAGUCCGCUGAAGAACUGUCCAAGGAUUAUGAUGACCUUAGCAAGUACGAGGCGGUUUACUGGAACGAACCGGAUGGCCUGCGUGAGCGCACGACAGAGGAGGUUUCCAAGGACUACCAGGACCUUGGCUCCUACGGACCGGUUCAAUGGAGUGAGCCCAACGGCCUCCGCCACCUGACCCCCGAAGAAGAGUCCAAGAAGUACGAUGAUCUGGGUUCUUACGAGGCUCCCUUUGAAGCCAGCAAGUCAGUUCUUGAGGCCCAUGCGAAGUCCCAGCUGGACACCACAAUGCGGGGCAAACCGUUAGCCCCCAAGGUUGAUGCUCCUGUCGAGGACUUUGCAAGCAAGUAUGACGACCUUCACCUGUAUGGACCUGUUCGCUGGAAUGAACCUGAUGGUCUUCGAAAGCUCACUCCCGAGGAGUUGUCAAAGAACUAUGACGACCUUCACCUGUAUGGCGCAGUGAGAUGGAAUGAGCCUGAUGGUCUGAGACGGCCUACUGCGGAAGAGAAGUCUAAGAGCUACAAGGAUACCCACCUCUAUGCGGCUCUUGAUCUCUCCUCCCCCAUCAGACGAGUACAUCCAGAGGAGGCUUCCAAGAAGUACAAAGAUCUGCCAGCAUACCGUCGUUACGAGAAUGGCGAUGACGCUGCUCCACGCAUUCAUCCUGAGGAGGCCUCAAAGCAAUAUGCCGACUUGAAUGCUUAUGCUUCGUUCCCCAACAACGGACCCGAGGCUGAGCAAGUCCACCCAGAGGUAGCUUCAAAACAGUACAAGGAUCUGAAUAAGUACCCGUCUACUGGCUACGAGGAGACAAUCCGUGUUCAGCACGUUCAUCCUGAAGAAUUGACCAAGAACUACCAAGAUCUUGGUAGCUACAGACCAACCGAAUUUGUGUCACAGGCUCAAGCUUACCCUGUCAACCCCGAGGAAGCCUCCAAGGUGUAUCAGGACCUGCACAAGUAUAAUACAGUUCUUCACAAUGAACCAAAUGGUAAUAUGUCAAUCCCUCUGGAUGAAGUCGCCCGCGGCCUCAGAGAGUUCGAUUCCAAGGCAGGUUCCCAAGAAUCCCCGGACGCAACAUCAAAUGCUUAUUAUGGAAACCCCAACAGGUCUUCUCCCGACUCUAUGGAAACUAACGUUCAUACGGACGAUUCUGGAAGUGCUGAGGCAAUUCGAGCUGCUGUUCUGCGUAGGGCCUAUCAGAACAGUCAGCAGGCCAGGAACGACUCUUCUGGCAACAGCGUUUCCGAAGCUGAUGGGAGGUUGACCGGCAACUAUGCUCGAGACUUCCCAGAGGAAUUUACGGCGUCUUGGAGCAAGGAUAACUCAUCAUCUCAUUCAACACUACUGCCAAAAAACGGUACUGGAAAACCAUCAUCUCAGGAGCAGGCUGCAUUUGCUGUUGAGGACAACGAAGAACCUGGAUCUAUGGACGAAAGUUUCCCUGUCGAAGGAACAAGGCUUCAACCAGCACUGAAUCGCUACUCGGGCAAGGUGUACAGGGAUUCUUAUUCGCAUGAGCCGCAAGGAUUGCAGACAAGCUACUCGGAAGAAUGUGGUUGCUCAACCGUUCCAGUCUGGGAGAAACACUAUAAGUCAGAGCCACCUGAGACAUCUGAGACGCCCAUCGCCAGCUGUUACAAAAUACUCGCUUACGACCCAAAUUCGAAGACGAUGAGCGUGGCGCAAAGUACCUCGAAUACUGAUGUGAAUGAAAAACCAACGUCCCUUCCUGCAGCACUUAUGAAAUUGGCAGAGCCUGCCAAAUUCCUCCCCUAUCUCAAAUCACUCCAGGCUCAAGGCUAUGAAGUCGUCUCUGGCAGCCGCCAGAUCAUGAUCUUUCGUCAGACGCGACCAGCUUCUGAGGUAACAGCGAAUAGUGGCUCGGACUCUUUUGAUGAGAAGGUCCGUCGAGGUGGCGUUUUCCCUACCACAGAUGGAGAGACCUCUGGCUCCCAUCGAGAAGCCAAGACGAAGAAAAGAGGACUGGGUCGCAAAGUUCUUAUGGGCACUGUUGGAGUUGCCGGAGGAGCCUUGGCCACAACCGUGCUGGUUCCUGACGAUGAUACUAAUGACGAUGAAGACGAUGAGGAGAGCGAGUACGAGGAAGAGGACGAGAAUGAUUAUUAUUCCGAUGAUGAGGAUGAGGACGAGGAUUUCUACGAAGGUGCCCGCGAGACCGCCACUUCCAAAUGGUUAUCAACAGUGCUGUAG